UCCAUAUCACACUCCAUAUCUGAGCAGGACUUGGAUGACCUGAUGAGGAGCUGAAGGAUGGAGGCUGGGAAGGUGUACAGCAGCAACACCGUCCUCCAGGCCAGGAAAGCGGUGGAACAGCUGAGACUGGAGGCCGGCCUGGAGAGGAUCAAGAUUUCGGCUGCAGCUGCUCAGCUGGUUCAGUACUGUCAGGAGAACCGGCGUGGAGAUCCACUGCUGACCGGCAUCUCUGCCUCAUCAAACCCUUUCAAAGACAAGAAAACCUGUGUGCUGCUAUAGGAGAACCAACAACCAUGAAGCCACACAUGCAUCACUAAUAAAGACAAUGAAAAUUCUGGUAAUCUGUAAGAAAUAAUAUAGCAUAUUUAUAUAUAGCAUAUGUAAUAUAACAAGAACACCAAGCAAAACCUACAUAAUAUUUUAAAGAUGUUCUGACUCAAUGUAUCUAUCCAUCAGUAUAGCUUUUGCCCAACUUCCAUGCAUCCCACACAUCAACUUCCAGAAAUGACUGUUCACUUGCUGCCUAAUAUGUAGAUAAGAUAAAAAGUGCCAAUAUAAUGUGAUAAUCAAUGUUAUUUACUUGAAUAUUCAGGCUGAUUAUUGUAGACUGUAUAUAUAUUUAUAUUAUGAAAGGUAAUACCCAGUAGUGGUAUCUAAAGCUCUCUUUUAGCAUCACUUGUGUUGUAAAUGUUCUGUAUUAUGGAUUAAUUUCACAGCUUUAACUCUGUAUAAUGUACUGUAUGCGUCCACUGACAAACAAGUAUCUCCAUUUUUGUUGAUAUUUAGUUCAUUACGUAAUUUAAACAGACAAACUGUCCUUUACACUGUGCCAAAAUGUCUUGAUAAAAAGACCAGUAGAAAUACUUCAAAAUGACUUGAAAUUAACCCUUUUUAUAUCUUUUUAUAAGUUUUUUUUCUCUUUCCUGUAAAGUUGCUGUUUUGGAGAUACUUGUUUUUCGUUGGACAGCGACUAUAUACACUAUUACUAUUUAAAGGCAAUGAUACAUCUUGUUUAAACUUUUUUUGUCUUUCUCUGACAAUUCAAAUAAGUGAAACAUUGAUGUUUUUGCCUUUUUACUGUUUUUUAAUGCACUGCAAUUUAGUUUUCAACUCAAAACACAACUCAGUUUAAAAAAAAAACACACAUUAUAUGAUCAAAUAACAAAUAAAAAAGG